CGCGUCACUAAUUGUAACAAAUCUCAGUAAGCAGCAACUACACGAGGAGGAUGAUGAAAAGGGUUAUUCGACGUCUUCGAGUUCUGACUGUGUCCUAUCGUAUCGUGAGUGUCCUGAGCCUGACCUAUCCUAUGUACCUUGUCCUGAGCGUCGUCAAAUUUCGGUAUCGGAAGUCUUUUCGUUACAAAGAGGAAGGCGGAUUUCGCUUCGGUUGUCACAUUAUGACCUAUGGAGUUCGGAUUUCGCAUCGGUUAUAUCACAUCUUCAUCACUUACCGAGGAUGACUCUGAAGACAUCCAAUUGA